AUGGCGGCGGCCAAGACGUUCGUGUUGUACCCGUCGUUGGGCGUCGGCCACCUGAUCCCCAUGGUGGAGCUGGCCAAGCACCUGCUCCGCCAAGGCCACAACGUCGUCGUGGUCGUCGUCGACACGCUAGACCGCGAGGCCGUCUCCGCCGACGCGGUGGCCCGCCUCGCCACGGCCAACCCUUCCGUCGCAUUCCGGCUCAUCCCCGCCCCGCCCAGCCUGGACCCAGGCGCGCACCUGAUCAAGCGGAGCCUCGACACGCUCCGUCUCGCCAACCCCGCGCUCCACGGUUUCCUGCGAUCGCUGGCCGCCGUCGACGCGCUCCUGCUCGACAUGUACUGCGUCGACGCGCUAGACGUCGCCGACGAGCUCUCCAUCCCGGCAUACUUCUUCUUCCCCUCCGCAGCCGGCGACCUCGCCGUCUACCUCAGCCUUCCCAACUACUACUGCCGCCACCCUGGCGUGCCGUCGUUCAGGGACAUGGGCGAGACGCUGGUGCACUGCCCCGGCGUGCCACCGAUCCGCGCGAUGGACAUGCCGCAGACGGUGCAGGACAAGGAGAGCGACCAGACCAAAGCCAGGAUGUACCAGUUCAGCCGCAUCCCCGAAGGGAGGGGCGUGCUUGUGAACAGCUUCGACUGGCUGGAGCCCAAGUCCCUGAAAGCGCUCCAAGACGGUGUCUGCCUGCCAGGCCGGCCGACGCCCAGGGUAUACUGCAUUGGGCCAUUGGUGAACGACGGCAGCAGCAAAAGCGCGAAGCGGCACGCAUGCCUCGCCUGGCUGGACGCUCAGCCGGAGAAGAGCGUCGUCUUCCUCUCCUUCGGCAGCAAGGGCGCGUUCCCGGAGACGCAGCUCAAGGACAUCGCCCGUGGACUGGAGUGUUCCGGCCAACAGUUCCUAUGGAUAGUGAGAAGCCCGCCGGAGGAGCCGAGCAAGUUCCGCGAGCCGGACUUGGAGCGGCUGCUUCCUGCGGGGUUCUUGGAGAGGACGGCAGGCAGGGGCAUGGUGGUGAAGAACUGGGCGCCACAGGCGGAGGUGGUGCGGCACAUGGCGGUGGGCGCCUUUGUGACGCACUGUGGGUGGAACUCGACGCUCGAGGCCAUCAUGUCCGGGCUGCCCAUGAUAUGCUGGCCGCUCUACGCCGAGCAGGCGCUGAACAAGGUGUUCAUGGUGGAGGAGAUGAAGAUCGCGGUGGCGUUGGAGGGGUACGAGCAAGGAAUGGUGAUGGCGGGGGAGGUUGAGGACAAGUUGAGGAUGGUCAUGGAGACCGAGGAAGGGAGUAAGCUCAGGAAGAUGCUGGUGGUGGCGAAGAAGAUGGCAUUGGACGCGAUCGGCAAAGGCGGGUCCUCUGAACUAGCCUUCUCCGACUUCUUGGGGGAUUUGCAGAACAGCAGCGCAGAGAAUGGCGGAUGCACUUGA